CUUCCCGACAACCAGAGGCCAGCCCCCAGCGGGGGCACAGUCCGCCCCUCCUCCAGGCCAAAGGCCCGGAGGGGCGGCACCCUGGCGGGGCGCCCAGACAGCCGGCGCGAAAGCAGGCCUCAGGGAGGGGCACAGACCUCGGGCCCCGUUCUGGAUGGGCCGGCAACCGCGCCGGAGGCAGGCCCGGGCGGAGGCGCGCGGGGCAGGCGGCGGGCGCGGCGAUGGCGCCGGAGCUGUUUCUGGACCUGUACUCGCCCCCCUGCCGUGCCGUCUACAUUUUCGCCAGGAAGAACGGCAUCCCCUUUGCGCUGCGGCCGGUGGAUCUGGGACGGGGGGAGCACCUGAAGCCCGAAUUCCUGAAGGUGAACCCCCUGGGGAAGGUGCCCGCCCUCAGGGACGGGGACUUCCUGCUGUCUGAGAGUGUGGCCAUCCUUUUAUACCUGAGCCGCAAGUACCAGACAGCGGCCCACUGGUACCCACCUGAGCUGCAGGCCCGUGCCCGUGUGGACGAGUACCUGGCAUGGCAGCACGCUGCCAUCCAGCUGCCUGCCGCCAACGUCUACCUGUGUAAGUCUCUCCUGCCCUACUUCUCGGGGCAACCUGUGGACCCCACAAAGCUGGAACAGCUGCUGGGGAAGCUCACUCCUUCACUGCAGCACCUGGAUCAGAAAGUCCUGGCAGCCAGGCCCUUCCUAGCCUCUGAGCAGCUCUCCUUGGCAGAUCUGAUAGCAUUCACGGACCUGAUGCAGCCCACUGCUGUUGGCUGCGACGUCUUCCAAGACAGGCCCCGUCUGGCAGCGUGGCGGGCCCGUGUGGAGGCUGCACUGGGCCCUCAGCUCAUCCAGGAGGCUCACAGGCUCGUGCUACAGCCACGGGACCCCCAAUUGGUCCAGCAGAACCCCCAGCUGGCCCAGGAGCUGGUGCAGCGGCUGCAGGAGCGGCUCCGCUGAGGGAGCUGCACUCUCCUGCCUGCAAUAAACAUGCUGUGUGCCCUC